AUGUCGCUCAUACCACUUCCUCUGGAAAUCCUGACAGCCUGUUUCUAUUACCUGAUCUCCGAUGUAGGAUUGGAAGAAAUAUGGAACAUAAGGCCCACGUCGAAGCAGUUCGCUCAAGCCAUCGAUUACGUUGUCUUUGCGAGCCAACCGCUGAAAUCCUUUGGCCGAUCGGAACGGACUGAACGCAUACUUCGUAUGAACAAGGUGCUCUACAUGUCCUUUCGGGUGAACAAUCCUCUUGAUUCUUUGACUAUUUAUUACGAUCAAGUGAGGAGGACGGCAAGAACCUUGGCUCGAAUGAGCAAACAAAUUAAUCCCGAAGAAGACGAACGCAAACUUUAUAAAGAGUUUACCUGGUCGUUCUGUGAGCGACUAGCGGAACUAAAGGGGUUUGACGUGUUCGAGGAGGCAAGCUGGGCACGACCGACACCGGCAACGGUUGCGGCAUUGAGUCAAGAUGAGACCGUUGCGGCAGCGCUUACUCUCAGCAAGCCUGACGUUGCAACGCGGUUGCUGGAGGCCGCAUCGGUUGUAUAUGAAGGCUUGAUCUUUGGAAACCCACUAACUGGAGCGGCAUCUCACGGUUGUCCUGUACUCGUGAAGACGCUACUCGAAAAAAUGGAUUUCACGUCAUGUUUCAAAUCUGAUUGGUUUGGAAUGAGCGAAGAGAUGAUGGAGUUCAAACAACGUUCUGGCUUUGUGGGGGGUCUUGGACUUGCCAUCAAAGCUGGUCAUGUCGAAGUCGUACAGAUCCUCACAAAGUGGCUGAAAGACUGCGAGGUUACUUUUCAAACUAGAAACUACGGAUUCUUUUGGCUUCUGGACGCUGUAGCAACUCGUAACGAAACUAUUGUCAAGGAACUUCUCGCAAUGAAGUUCUGCCCAAGAGCCAGUUUUCUUCGUGGUCUUCAGUUUUGCUGUUCGAUCGAAUACUUUAAUUCACAAGAAUCCACGCUGAAGGACCCAUAUGCAAGACUCCCAGAAAUCCAAGUGAGUCCAGAACGGAUAGCUAUAUGGAACCGUUACGAGGCUAUUAUUCGUUGUGUAAUCGGACUGAGCGAAAAUUCUCCAAGCGACGAGCUUCUGCGUCCACUUGGAUGCCGGGCUCUUGAAGAUGCACUCAAAGGGGAACACGAUGAAGACAUAGACUUUGUCCUUAAGCUUGGAGUCGAAACUGGCUUGUGGGAUGUUUCUUCUGCAGAAAUGCUUCGAGGUUUGCUGCACAGUCCCCUAGAGGAUGGAAAUCAAAGUGUCGCGAAGCGCUUGAAUCAAGCAUUGCAAGAUGCGGAUUCUCAAGCUAAAGGCGGUGCUUGA